UCAGGGUUGGUGGGUGGGAUUAUGUAUUAAACUAAAUUGCUUAGAUUGUAAGGGCAAAACCGAAGGAGGAUUUUACUCUUUCGCCGCUUUGUCGUGUCCUCCCCCUCUCAUUACAUUAUUCAUGGAAGAAGAAGAUUCUGUACAUCCUCACACCACAAUACAUGACGUCGGAAAAUUACAAUACGGAUGCGAGCACUAUCGGAGACGAUGCAAAAUCCGUGCUCCUUGUUGCGAUAAGAUCUUCCCUUGCCGCCAUUGCCAUAACGAGGACGUGAACUCUCUCAGCAAUCCCAAGGAUCAUCACGAGCUUGUUAGGCAAAAUGUUAAGCAAGUUGUUUGUUCACUUUGCAAUACCGAGCAGGAGGUUGCUCAAAUUUGUGCCAACUGUGGGGUCAAAAUGGGUGAAUAUUUUUGCAAUAUUUGCAAAUUUUAUGAUGAUGAUAUUUCAAAGGGACAGUUCCACUGUGAUGAUUGUGGGAUUUGUAGAGUUGGUGGCCGUGAUGAAUUCUUUCACUGUCGGAAGUGCGGAUCUUGCUACUCAGUAAGUGCGCGCAAUGAUCAUGUAUGCGUGGAGAACUCCAUGAAGAACUACUGCCCUGUUUGUUAUGAGUAUCUUUUUGACUCAGUUAAAGGCUCAACAGUUAUGAAAUGUGGGCACACAAUGCAUACAGAUUGUUUUGACGAAAUGGCUUACCAAAACCAGUACCGAUGCCCUAUUUGCUCCAAGACAGUGCUUAACAUGUCUGACUAUUGGCAGUUUUUAGAUAUGGAGAUUGAAGCUAAUAAGAUGCCUGAGGAGUACCAGUACGAUGUUUCAAUCCUCUGCAAUGACUGCAACACCACCAGCAAAGCCCCAUUUCACAUUUUAGGACACAAGUGCCUGCACUGUGACUCAUAUAACACCCGAAGGAUUUCAGCACCUGAUCAUGAAAAUGUUCAGUAAUGUUUAAAUUUCCAUUGCUUCUCUAGCGAAAUGCACACAAGAGCUGAAGAAAGUAUGCAAUUCUAUUUGCUGGACUUGGAGUUCUGUUGAUUGGAAUUUACCAACUGUUUGUAAGAUCUUGCAACAUAAAAAUGUACUUUUAGAUACCUUUCUCAUUUUCAUUAUUGUCAAUGACAAGUUUAACGUGUAUUCUAACUGAAAAGCUUAGGUUGAGAGAAUUUUUGUCCAUAUGUAGCCAGAGGAUUUGGAUUCAAAAAGAUAACUUUCUGUAAGGUAUACCAAAUUUAGAAAUUCUCUUAUGCAAUACACUAAUAAGAAUUUGGUUUACAAAAUUUGCAUCAA